AUGAUCCAGAUCCGACACUACCAGCAGACCCAUAGCUUGCAGAUACCGAAGCUUCGGUUUCAGCGCGUGGUGCGCGACAUUUGCGAUGCAGUGUCCAUCGAAAGAUACGAGGAGUGGCAGCAAGGACGAGCGGACCGCCGUCGAGUUAUACCCAAUCUGCAGGAGCCUCCGGAUGACUGGGAGCCUCCAAAGAGGUAUCGCAUGGAUACUCAGGGGCUCCUGGCACUGCAAGAGGCCUGCGAAAGCAUGCUCGUGGGACUCUUUGAGGACAUGAAUGUCUGUGCAGUACACUGCAAGCGCGUGACGGUCAUGCCCAAUGACCUCGUCCUCUGCCGCCGGCUGAACGGCGCCUGGCAGUGGGAACCCACCCAACAGAAGCCCGAGAAGUGCAGAUGA